ACCGGUUAUGCCAUAACUGGUCUCUUUCCAGUUAACUUUUAGUACUUUCUAUUCUCAUUUGUUUCCCCUUAAAAUCCUAUUUAUUUACCUAAAACAGCGAUAAUGGAUACAGGUAUCGUCUCCUGAAGCUGUAGCUGAAAAGUUCCACUAAUAUCGCAACCGAAGCUGCCAAAAGAAGUCCGUUUACAGAGAGCCUUCGAGAAAUCACGAGUGAAAUCACUCUUGACUUCUACCUGGUCCAGUUCUGGAACGACAUCCGGUUGAAAGAGCAGAAAAUGAAGAAGGAUUUGAAGAUCACUGGGCGAAAACUGCCGGAGCAGCUGUGGUACCCGGACACCUACUUCCUCCUCGUGCGUGACCUGCUCUACAGUGCCGAGGAACAGUACAUAAUCAUCAGGGGCAGAGAGUCGCUUGAGUUCAACCGCAAAGUGAGACUAAAGACCCCCUGCACUCCGAACGUGUUGCUCUUCCCAUUCGAUGUUGUCAACUGCAAGAUGAUGUUGUCUAGUUUCGGCUAUGAUGACUCCGAAGUCGUGUUCCACUGGGCCAAUUUCCCCGGCACAGGAUCAAUCUACAUUGACGAGCAGAAUAACAACGUAGACCACCUCGGAUUUUUCCUCAAGGGCACCAGCUCUAUUGAAUUCGCCAUGAACUACGGGGACCGCAACUUCAGCACUCUUCAGACUAUCAUUUUUCUGGAGCGCAAGUACUCUGCCUACUUGAUCCAGGUGUAUUUUCCAGCCGCACUCAUCGUCAUCUUGUCCUGGACUAUCUUCUGGAUCAACUUGGAAGCGACUCCGGCGAGAGCUAGCUUAGGGGUGACCACAGUGCUGACGAUGCUGACUCUAGCCACGCAGAGCACUUCUCAGAAUGCGAAACAUGUGAACAACAAGGUGACAGCCAUCGACAUUUACCUGUGGGCCUGCUUCGUGUUCGUCAUAUUCGCCAUGAUCGAGUUCGCACUCUCAGACUUCACCACUCACAGUGCCAUCGCAGCCACACCCGACGACAAGAAGCGGAAGAUGUCCGAGGCAGACGGGAGGGGAGGAGCUGAGAAGAAGAACCACUCGGGGCUGGACCAAGUGGACAAGGAAAAAGAUCCGUUGAGGGACACAAAAAGAUGUGAGUUUGUGGCCAAUUCAGACUGUGAAGCACAAGAAAAUGACCAGACAACAACACAGUCAUGUGUUAUCAACCUGAAUCCUUCUGAAGAGCAAAACGGGAAGCCCUUCCGUCGCAGAGACAGAGUGAAGCAACUUCACCCGAACAACUUAGAAAAAAAUGCUGGAAGAUUCAGUCAAAUCCACCCUCAUCACGACAGUGAAACUCAAAACAUGUGUUCACCGGUCUUUGACAGAGCAGAGCAGACCCAAAGCAAUAUCAUCAGCAGUAAUAGCAAUAACAGCAUCACAAGCAGCCGAAGUAAACACAUGCAAACGAGAGUGUAUGUGACAGACUCUGUGUUGAAAGAUGACCUCAAGGCAGACAUCAUUGCUAACAAAUAUCUCCAGACAAAACAGUCCAACCAGAAGAGUGCCGACAACAAAGCAGCCAACUUCACUCCAAUGCAAAAGUGCUCUUCCAAACCGUGUGCAGAGAAAAAACGAGUAUCAGCUGAGAGAAAGAUCAAAAACGUCUCCAAGUCAAUUGCAAAAGCAGCCGCUGAAAAAGAGCGUCUGCGGAUUAAGUCGCUACAUAUGGUGAAUAAUGUAGCCAGGGUUCUCUUUCCUCUGAGCUUCUUCAUCUUCAACUUGGGCUAUUGGGCCUAUCUCUUCACAAAAGUAUCCACAAAUGACGACUACAAGUACCAGCCUGGAUUUGUAGAAAUGGACAACUCAAUCUAGAUUUAAAAACU